AGGCGCUACAAAAGUCUCGCGGCGCCGGCAGCGCCGUCGCUGUGGUUGGUCUAAGCCAGGAAACUGUGGCCCCGACGACGAGCCUUGCCGAUACCUCUGCCGGAGCAGAUUGGCAAUGGUUCGUAGUGGAAAAAAUGGUGGGCUCCACCUGAAGCAGAUUGCAUACUACAAGCAAACAGGGGAAUAUCAUCCCACAACAUUAUCAAGUGAAAGAAGUGGAAUCAGGAGAGCUUCCAAAAAAUUUGUUUUCAAGGAAAACAAGUUGUUCUAUGUUGGAAAAGACAGAAAACAAAUGCGCCUGGUAAUUGUUUCAGAUGAAGAGAAGAAAAAGGUCCUCGAGAAAUGCCACAAAAAUGCUGCUGGCACUCAUCAUGGUAUAUCAAGAACACUGACUUUAGUGGAGACUAAUUACUACUGGACCUCUGUAACAAACGAUGUCAAGCAGUGGGUGUAUGCUUGCCAGCAUUGCCAGGUGGCAAAGAACACAGCCACCAGAGUGCCAAAAAAACACCCUAUCAAAGCAGAGGACGCAUGGACAGCAGUCACUAUAGAGCUAAUGGGACCUUUCAGUGUUACCAGCAGAAGUCACAAAUACAUCAUAAUUAUGACAGAUUUGUUUACAAGAUGGACUGUUACCUUACCACUGCGUGACACUUCAGCAGCUGAAAUUGCUAAGGCAAUCAUAAAUGUGUUUUUCUUAUAUGGGCCACCUCAAAAGAUGCCUAUUGCUCAAGGGAAAGAGUUUGUUUAUCAGAUAAAUGAAGAACUGUUUGCACUGUUUGGAAUGAAACAAAUUGUGUUGCCUUAUCCUCAGACAGAUGAUGUAAAUGAAAGCAUGUCCAAGACAAUCAAAACCUUCCUUAACAAGUAUUGUAUAGACCAUCCAAAUGAUUGGGAUGAACAUUUGUCUGCUAUAGCCUAUGCUUUCAAUCUGACAAAUUUGGUGCCUGAUCAAAACACCCCAUAUUUCCAAAUGUUCAACCGUAACCCACAUGUUCGUGAUCCUGUUAAUAUACGUGUGGAAGGAGACUACAGUAAUUUUGCCAAAAUAUUUGAAGCAACUAAAAAACUCAGUCAAGCACUGGAAGAAGAGAAAACCUCAGAUUGCCAGGCAGAUAAAAAAACUUCAGAUGAACAAAACAUCAGAACCAAAAUCACAGUCAAAAGGAAGCCAAAACAAUUAAAUACCCUUCAACUUAAAGUUGGUCAUGAAGUCCUCAGGCGAAGAAAAAACUGGUGGAAAGAUGGUCGUUUCCAGUCAGAAUGGAUUGGUCCUUGUGUCGUAGAUUACAUCACAGAAAAUGGCUGUGCAAUAUUAAGAGAUUCCACAGGAUCCCGGCUGAAAAGACCCAUCAAGAUGUCUCAUCUCAAGCCAUAUAUAAGAGCGUCCAGUGAAAAAGACAACCAUCACAUUCUACAAGGUGCAGUAGUUUUUGACCAUGACUAUAUUGGUUUAUCUGAAAGAUCUAAUAAUUCGAGCCAACCAGACUCUGUUGCUGAAGAGGAAAUAAAUGCCUACAAAAGAGAAAAUAUGCCCACUGUACAGAUUCCGCCUGAAGCCUGCAAAGACCAAGAAUCAGCAGAUAGUAAACAUGAGUCUGAGGUCAGAGAAGAUCAUUGCAUUGAACCAAACACUGCAAAGCCAGAGCAAUGGCCCUCACCCUGUUGGGCCCUUCAGACAAAAACAGAGAAUACUUAAGCAAUACUCUUCCAUUACAUUUCAUUGCCAAGCAGUUUGGCAUUACUGUGGCAAACUGGAAAAAAAAAGUAAAGUAAUUUCACGAUUGCAAGCCGCACCUGAUUAUAAGCUGCAGCUCAGGGUGU